AUUAUAUGUAUGUAUGUAUGUAUGUAUGUAUGUAAGUCUAUGUUUAAAUUUGGUAAUAUUGGACAAACUGAAAUACUGUACAAAUACCCUCCCGCAGUAAUGGGAGUGGAGGUGGGGGUUGCUGUGGCUGCCCGCCUGCUUUUGACAGGCAGCUUCAAGGCACCAACUGCUCCCCUUCCUUAGGGCUGCUUGCUUGCUUGCUGAUUUGCUUAUUUGUAUUUACAAUAUAGUCUGCCCUUCCCGCAUGCGGUCUCAGGGUGGGCUAUAUGCAGCUUAGUUACAGUUAAGCCGUGUAGAGUGUCCCACCCCAAAAGGAUUUGUGUGAAAAAGGUGUGCCUUAAAUGUAUGUAGGGAUGGGGCCAAAUGCUCCUUGGAGGGAGAGUGAUCGACAGUGGGGUGUGUGUGUGCGGCUACCGCAGAAAAGUCCUUUUCUUGCUUGACUGCCUCACAGGAUUUUAGAUAGUGGCAGAACUGCUGGUAGGGUGAUAGAAUCACAGAAUUGUCGAGUCGGAAAGGACCACAAGGAUCAUCUAAUCCAUCAUCUAAUCUUUCACCCAACAUAGGAUUUGAACCCACAACCCUCAGAUUUAGAGUUUCAUGCUCUACUGACCGAGCUAUUUCUUCACCCCUCCAGAUCUCAGAACUUGGGGAGCUUAAUACAGUCUGCUUAUCUUUGAACAGGAGAUGUAAGCCAGGGACUCCUUCAAACAGAAAACUGUUCUCUGACAGCCCUUCAGAUAGAGGACAGUUCACUGUAAAGAAGAAUGAAUCAUAGAAUCGUAGAGUUGGAAGAGACCACAAGGACCAUCCAGUCCAACCCCCUGCCAACAUAGAAGGCCAUGUCCCCUGCAUGGACAUAGAAGGAGUUGUACUGGUGAGAAACAGCAGCAAUGCAGGCAUUUCUGAAAGGACCAUCUUCAAUCAGCACUAAACCCCCAUCUACCAAAGAUCGGGGAACAGCUGCCACUGCAGGAGGCAGUGGGGAGGGCAAAAGGGUCAGAGCUAUUCCUUGGGUGGAAAAAUACCGCCCAAAAUGCAUGGAUGAAGUUGCAUUUCAAGAGGAAGUUGUUGCAGUACUGAAGAAAACCUUACAAGGAGCUGACCUUCCCAAUCUCUUGUUCUAUGGCCCACCUGGAACUGGAAAAACAUCCACUAUUUUGGCAGCAGCCAGAGAACUCUUUGGGCCCGAAUUGUUCCGGCAGAGAGUCCUCGAGCUGAAUGCAUCUGAUGAACGUGGAAUACAAGUCAUUCGAGAGAAAGUGAAGAGCUUUGCUCAGUUAACGGUGUCAGGAAGUCGUUCAGAUGGCAGGCCGUGUCCCCCGUUUAAGAUUAUAAUCUUGGACGAAGCGGAUUCUAUGACCUCAGCAGCCCAGGCAGCUUUACGGCGCACCAUGGAGAGAGAAUCCAAGACAACACGCUUCUGCCUUAUUUGUAAUUACAUCAGCAGGAUAAUUGAACCCAUCACAUCCCGAUGCUCCAAAUUUCGUUUCAAGCCCCUUUCAGACAAAAUCCAGCGACAGAGACUUCUAGACAUCGCUGAAAAGGAGAAUGUGACAGUCAGCAGUGAGGCAGUCUCUUACCUUGUCCAUGCAUCAGAAGGGGACUUGAGAAAAGCAAUCACACUUCUUCAGAGCGCUACACGAUUAACAGGCGGGAAAGAGGUCACUGAGAAAGUUGUCACUGAAAUUGCAGGGAUUGUCCCUCAAGGAAUUUUAGAUGGUCUACUAACCGCAUGUCAGAGUGGUUCAUUUGAAAAACUGGAAGCUGCAACAAAGAAUCUGAUCAAUGAAGGUUACGCAGCUAAUCAGUUUAUAAACCAGCUUCAUGAUACCAUUAUUGAGAGGAAGGAUCUCAGUGACAAGCAGAAAUCUGUUAUUGCAGAGAAGCUUGCUGUGAGUCUUCAUUCUGUUUCAGUUCUUUUUAAAUCUAGAAUGCAUGUUUGCUUGUGGUUUGGGGGAGGGCAUAAGAAAUCCUUUAUUGCAUUCAUAUUUGUGCAUUAGUGAAUCCUUCACAAAGAAUUGUAUACUAAUGGUACUCUCCCUGUAUGAGGCUAUUCUCCUUUUAUGGUAACAGGCAGUAGUAAGAAAGGCUUCAAGAGAAAUGGACAUUGGCUGUUACCCCAGCCAACUUGCUUGAGCUAUCAGUCUAUUCCUUACACUCAAUAGAAAAGCAGAGGGAAGAUUUUUAGCAUUGCACUACAUUUAUGCAGUGAUUAACAGGGUUGUUUUAUUCCCUGUUCAGAACACAAUGAGUUUACAUGGAUUCCAGAGGUGUGAUUUUCUCUCCUGUUAGGGAGAAACAAAGGCAACAAGUUUUCAAGUGUGCCUUUUUCUGUCCUGGGAAGGAAGGAGAGAAUAUCUGUACACCAGUCUUGUUUGUUACUGCAGUGUCUGCUUGUAAGACGUAAGAAAUGCAAAUUUAAAUUUAGGUAGGGAUUCCUCUAACACAGAGCUCUGCUAACUAGCUUUAUGAAAAUGUUGAGUAAAUUGUACUUGGGGGUGGUCAAACUUUUGAUUUUGAAGCUCCCUAUAACAGCUUGAAAAACUAAUUUAUGUUCCUGAGAGGCAGGGAGAUGGAAGUCUACUCUUCUCUGACUGCAUUAUAUAGUUAUCUUGGGAGAUCUUGACAACUUGUAACUUUUCCUUUUUUUGGCAGGAGACAGAUAAGUGCUUGGCAGAUGGGUCUGAUGAGUUCUUGCAGUUGAUUAGCCUCUGUGCGGUGGUGAUGCAGCAGCUAAUUCAAAAUAACUAACAGCAUGGCAAAAUAUUUUCCUUUUGAUUACUUCAACCUAUUUGAUACAGCUAUUUGUGGUACUUUUUGAUAAUAAAAUACAGCCUUUGUGCCUGA